GAUCAGCAGUAGCAUCCUCUAUUCAACUCAACUACUGUUCCUGAAUAAAACAAAAAGGAAAACUCAAUUACUGAUGCUACUGCUAACGAGCCUACGACUACUAAUACUCUGUUCAACCCAUACCAAAGUCUUUCAAUUAAAUUCUUAUUAUUACCCACUUCAAAACCCUUUUUUCUGGGUUUUCUAUCAAAUUUGUUUGCCUUAUUUCAGGGCUCAAUUUCUUUCAAAGUUGCUGCUGCACCUAACAGUCUCUUUGCACAUUCAAUUUGACUGCCUGUUCCAUUUCCUUACAAUUUCUAUUGUUUCAGGGGAUUUUUGUUUGCUGGAUUGAAUUCUGUUUUUUUCCAAUUGAUUUUUUUUGGGGUUGAAUUGGGGUUUUAUCUUAGUUAUGAUUUAAAGUUGAAUUCAUCAGUUUUUUGGUGUUUGAUUUGUGGGUUUGCUUCUGAUUUUUGUUGGGUCAUUUUUUAAUCAAAAUUUCGCGGAAAAUUUUAUACUUUCUACAAUUAUUUUUUGUGGGGUAUUUGCUUUGUGUAUGAUAUAAUUAAAAUGGAGAAUAAAGGGUGUUAUAGUCAGUCAAAUGGUAUAGAAGAAAGUUACAAUAUUGGGGAAGGAGUAAGUAUUGUUGAGGAUCAUGAGAUUCGAGUUGUAGCUGAAUUUGAGACAGACAAAAAAGUUUCAUAUGAUAAUGCUGCUGUGAAUAAAGAUGAACAUGUACAUUCCUUGAGGCAGACUUCACUUCCGGAGACCAAUUCUUCAAGAAGAGGGUUGGAUCACAGUGUUACAGCACCUGCAGGUGGUAUGGGAACCCAUAAACGUUUAUUGGUCGAUAAACAUGACAUCAUAAUGAGUAAGUCUAAGAGUCAGAUUGAGAGUAGAAGACAUGAUCUGAAAUUGGAUAGACUGUCACAGCGUGAAAAGGAAAAGCUUAUUGCAAACUUGGUCAAAAUUCAAAAUGACGGAACAGUGGAGGUGGAUUUGUCUAAAAAUGGCACUGUAGCUUCUGAGCUUUUGGAGCUUCAUUCUGCUGAAAGUGCUUCUUUUUAUGCAAAAGAAAUUAUUCCUAAUCACAAUAAACCUGUACCAAGAUUGCAAAUUGCUCUGCUUGUUGUUGGGACAAGAGGAGAUGUUCAACCUUUUCUAGCUGUGGCAAAGAGACUUCAGGAAUUUGGUCAUCAUGUUCGGCUGGCCACUCAUACCAACUUUGGUGAUUUCGUCAAAUCUGCCGGUGUUGAAUUCUAUCCUUUAGGUGGUGACCCUCGAGUUCUGGCAGGAUAUAUGGCGAGAAAUAAAGGGCUUAUUCCCUCUGCUCCAGGAGAGAUAUCAAUUCAACGAAAACAAUUGAAGGCUAUUAUUGAAUCACUUCUUCCUGCAUGUACAGAACCAGAUGUCGAGACUAGUGUGCCGUUUAGGGCUCAAGCAAUAAUUGCUAAUCCUCCAGCUUACGGACAUGUGCAUGCUGCAGAAGCUCUUGGUGUACCUCUACACAUAUUAUUCACAAUGCCCUGGACGCCAACAUAUGAGUUCCCACACCCAUUAGCUCGUGUACCACAAAGAUAUGGUAACUGGUUGUCAUACAUAAUUGUUGACUUGUUGAUUUGGUGGGGCAUAAGGAGUUAUAUUAAUGACUUCAGGAAAAGGAAGCUGAAACUUCCUCCUAUUGCAUACUUUAGUAUGUACCAUGGAUCAAUAUCUCAUUUGCCUACAGGGUACAUGUGGAGUCCUCACAUUGUUCCAAAACCAAAAGAUUGGGGCUCUUUAGUUGAUGUUGUUGGUUAUUGUUUCUUAAAUCUUGGUUCCAAGUAUCAACCAAAGGGAGCAUUUGUUGAGUGGAUAAAGAAAGGGAAGAAACCCAUCUAUAUUGGGUUUGGGAGUAUGCCUCUUGAAGAUCCCUGCAAAAUGACAAGUAUAAUAAUGGAAGCGUUAAAAGAUACUGAGCAGCGUGGAAUACUCGAUCGUGGCUGGGGAGACCUCGGUGUUUUUUCAGAAGUUCCGGGUCAUAUCUUCCUUCUUGACAACUGCCCCCAUGAUUGGCUUUUUCCUCAAUGUUCUGCUGUGGUUCAUCAUGGUGGCGCCGGAACUACUGCCACUGGACUAAGAGCUGGUUGUCCAACAACCGUAGUACCUUUUUUUGGUGACCAGUUCUUUUGGGGUGAUAGAAUUCAUCAGAAAGGUUUGGGACCUGAACCAAUUCCUAUAGCUCAGCUCAGUGUUGAUGCUCUUUCAAGUGCUAUACGAUUCAUGCUCCAACCUGAGGUGAAAACAAGGGCGAUGGAACUUGCUAAGCUGAUAGAGAAUGAAGAUGGUGUUGCAGCUGCAGUUGAUGCAUUUCAUCAGCAUUUACCAGAUGAACUGCCAAUACCUCCAGCAGCAUCUGAGCCAGAAGAAGAUGAAUACUUGAACCCUAUUCAAUGGUUGUUUUUUCAGAUCGGGAACUUCUGUUGCCGUGUUUGUUCAUAGGUCGUUUCUCCUGGUGUGAGAGUUUUUGACUUUUUGUACAUUCUAUUAUGAUUUUCAUCUUCGUCAUGUAUUAUUUGUUUGUAUCUUGAUUUAUUUAUUGGAAUGGCUUAGCUGGUGUGAGAAUAUAAGUAGUAAUUGUUACAAUCUUUUGGGAGGAGGGUAAUAUUUCUUGUAGAUGGUACUAUACAUUACAUUCACAUAAAUAAAUUUAUAGAAAAGCAUGUUGUUUAUACAUUA